UGCAGCGAGUGUAUGGGUGGAGUAUAGUUUAAAAUACAGUUUUUAAAUGUAUCGAAAGGGCGUCCGGUGCGUCCGACGCCGGCUCUGGCAGCAGGGCUGGGAUAAAAUGACAACGCGCCGGGAAAGUUUGUCCUAAAGCUGCCGGGUCGCGCUCUCGCUGUCUCGGACCCUCGGCUCUAAAAUGGCUGGCUGUAGGUCCGAGGAAGCUCCGGUGCAAAGGGAAGGAUCCGCUCCACACCGCGACUCUCUGUAAAUAUACACGUUUGUCUACUCCGCUGUUAGCGAUGGCGUUGUCCCAGGUCCGAGAGCUGUCAAGGCGCACCAUAAUAACGCUGGCGUUUCGGACCUAGGACUGUGCGUAAUGGCGUCCUCCACGGACAGUGCUGCUCGGUUUUUACCCCCCAGACAAAUUCUCACAACAGGACUUCAUUUGCAAACGGAAUAUGUUGCAAAGCGAAAAUGACACGUUUUUAUUAUUUAUGUUGCAUGGUAGAAGUAUGAAGGAGAGGAGGUGUUUAUUCCGGACUCUUCUGUGCUCCGGUGGGUUUCUGUGAAUGAUCGGCGACCCCUUGAAAUAUAAAUGGGUAUGCCCCAAAAUGGAUUCUCAGCUGGCUUCAGUCCUGACCAGUGGCAGCCUGGAUGUCCAAAAUGGCAGCCGGUGUGCAGAGGGAUCAGGGCCAGUGACAGAGGCUUUUCAGGACCCAAAGGAAAAAACCUCACCCAGUACUGUACCAGGUAACCUCCAGCCGUGCCCUGUCAAAGCAGCACUGGCCAUCAGGCAGCCUGCUCCAUCAAUCAAUGGGAAUAAGCCAGAGGUGGGCGGGACUUCUAAGCCAGCCUCUCAGGAAACGAGUAAGAUUGGUGGGUUCAGACAGCCAAUCACAGUAAAGACUGGAGUGCCUGUGUUGCGCAGCCAACCAAUCAGACUCAAAAUUGUUGUUCCCCCACGGUGCAAAAGGCCAAUCACAAACUCUGCCAUCAGCCUGACCAAAGACUUUGCUCGCUCACAUUUCAAAAGACCUGUUUCAGCCGGAGCAGGAAAAAACAGAAUAUCAGCUGUUAAGAAUGAAGGAGAAACCAAGGAAGUCACUUUUAAGACCGAGGAAGCUAAGCCAGAAUCAUUCCACGAGACAGAGGCAGAGGGAGGGGAAACAAUGUGCAAAGACAGGCAUGUUUCAGGUGCUAAAAUCAAUCACGCUGAUGGGUUAGAUACUCCGUUAAUCUCACACACUAAUCCUGUUAAAAUUCUGAGUCUGAAAGGGAUUAAAGAGGAAACUACAGAGAGAGAGAUUGUGGAAAAUAUUCCUAUAAUUUUGCAAGAAAUGGACUUGAGGUCUUGUAGGAUGUUUGGGGAGGUGGAGAUGGAGGAGCAGACGGAGCCGCUGGACCUGAGUCUGCCCAAGAAAAGAGAGAGUCGGGAGAGGAGGUGUGAGCGCCUGCUGGACGACUCCGGCUGCGAGAGCUCGCUGAUUAUGGAGGUGGACGAGUAUGAGGGAGAAGGAGACAGAGAUAUAGUGGAAGAGGAUGAUGAUGGCGAGGGAGAGGGCGCCGUGCUGCGUUUGGACGGCACAGACGCACUUGAAGACUCUCUCCUGUCCCCCUCUGUCCUCACCUCCCUCUCCUCAUUAGACACUGAAAACCUUCUUCUCAUAGACGACCAGGGAAUCCCCUACACGCUCAGUCCAGACGGGCUCAAAGUGCCGCAGGUCGACGCUUCGGCGUCAGAGGAUCACGUAGAAGGAACGGGCUCGCCGCAGUCAGCAGAACCUAGCCUCAGCCAAAGUUUACAUAAUGCACUAAAUGCACCUUCAGAUCAUCUUUACAACUCACCAGCCCCCGCUACUGAUCCUCCAUCGCUAACUGUUGAUCAGUCAAAGACUCCAGAAGUCUUCACCAGUUUGAUAACAAACACAGAUCCGUGUGCGGCCGCAGAGCCGUGUGUUCAAUCUGUCCAGGAGGCUAACUCUGUCAUAUCCAUCCCCACCCAGCCCAUCCAGAUCCUCACCAACGCCUCUACUAACGCUCCUAUCCUCCUCCUGUCCUCCUCCUCUUCCUCUCCUCAGCUCUCAUCCUCUCAGGCGGCUCUCUCGCUCCCCCUCUCAGUUACUCAGACCUCCCCUGGUGCUUCCAACCCCAUGUUCCUCCUCCUGUCAUCCGUACCCUCGUCCUCUGGCGACUCCGUCUCUACCUCCACCCCCUUCGCUGUCCUCGACCCCUCCACCGGUCAGCUGUCCCAGAUCACCGCAGCCUCCGCUCCGAUCUCCCUCCCGCUGCCCUCCGGUCAGGUCAGCGCGCUGGGAUCGCCCCUCCCUGCGCUGUCUCACCCCAUCGUCCGCCUGAGUCCCAACAACCCGCCCAUCAUCCUGUCGGGAGUGACCAGCGUCACCUCCCCGCCCCCCACCACCGCCUUGCAUCCUCAAAUCAGCUCUUCCGAUUCAAACCCUGGAAGCGAAGCCAUAUCUGCUGAAGAAGUCUCAAGUGAAAACAACAAGCCAUCAACUUUUACAGCGUCCUCUCCGCACCCACAGUCCGCUAAUUUGACCUAUGACCCCUCGACUCAGCCCAGCUCAGAGGCCCAGUCCCCAGCCUCCGAGGCCAGGUUCGACCUGUCUGACCUGCACUCAGAACAUUUACCUCUGGACGACCAUCUUUACUUCUCCAGCGCCGCUGCUCCCCCCUCCCCUCCCAUCGGACCCAUCCUCCCCUCCGACACACUUGACCCGCUGGAUCCUCUCUCUCCGGAGGGGUCACCCAAUGCCAUAGCCUCCCGCAGGGUGCUGUACUGCCAGCUGUGCCCGCGGGUCUUCUUUUACCUCUCCGACCUUGAGCGCCACGCCAUCACGCACUCGCAGAAGAAGCCUCAUGUUUGCCAGCAGUGCGGCAAAGCCUUCAAACGCUCCAGCCAUCUGCAGAGACACAAGCACAUCCACACAGGCCAGAGGAACUUUGUGUGCCCAAUCUGCGCCAAACGCUUCAGGGAGGCCGGCGAGCUCCAGCGCCACCAAAGGGUCCACACCGGAGAGAAACCCUACCAGUGCCAGCUCUGCCACACACGCUUCGCAGAGCGCAACACGCUACGCCGACACACCAAACGCAAACACCCUUACCACCAAGUAGCCAUGGAAAUGCUGAACGAGAGGAGAGACAGAGGAGGCGGGGGCGACGGAUCCGGAGUGCAGGAGAAAGAAGAGAGCGCUGAAUGGUACAGCUCCACUGUGUCCAAUCUGGAGAACUCAGACUCUGAGAUGGAAACCUGAAAGAGUUUCCUGCAGACAGACUCUAAAGUGAAGGGAAGCAGGAGGAGGGCCAUCAUGUGUGAGUCCGGUUAAACUUUCCUCGUUUAUUUACAUUCAAAAAAGGGAGCACUUGCAAUAUUUAUUUUGAUGUUUUUAAGCUAAUUUAUUUAUAUGAAUGUAUAUUAUUCCCAUUCCAUUUAAGUGGUCAAAACUUCAAAGUAAUACAUGAUUUUGACAUUUGAGCUUUUUCGUAUGAAAAAAAGUAGAUAACUCUAAUUCCCAAAAAAGACGUGAUGCUGUGUAAAACCGUAAAACAGAAAAGUGAAUAUUUAUAAAAAAUAAGUUUAGCAGUUUCAACAUUAAAUAUAUUGUCCUUGUCCUGUUUUAAUUUGAAUAUACAGUGCUUAACAAAUUUAUUAGACCACUGAUGUGUGUCACAGCUGUCCUAAAUUAACAGCAGUAGUAAUCACAAAAAUAUUUUUUUUAUGUUUUUGUAAUGAUUAAUACACCAGUAUGUAGAAUCUCUUUAAUCCAAAUUAUAUUUUUAAUGCUAAAUUAUAAUUAUUAUUGUAUCCAUGAAUUUAUAAAAUCUACUGCUUUAAAAAAAAAAAAAUUCAAAUUUCGUCAAUUUUUUGUUAUUUUCUUGUAUUUCUGAACAGAAAAAUUAGUUUUAGUUGUUGAAUGUUAUGCUUGACUAAUUUCUGAGAGAAUCCCAGUGAGCUGGCUCAAAUUUGGGUAUAAAAAGGUGAAUUCACUUUGCAAAAUAAAUAACAAUAACAUUUUAGUUUUAAACAAGCUUUGAAAGAUUAUUCAAUAAUUUUCAAUAAUUCAAUAUUCUAAUACAUUUGUUAAGCACUGUAUGUCAAACGGGAUUAGUGAAUUUUCACAUUUAAUUUUAUUUAUGAUUUAGACAACAUCCCAACUUUUUUGAAAUCGAGUUGAAAGAGAAGCUCGUGCUUGAAAUCAUGGUUUUUAUUGGAGUUCAGAAUCUAAAUUAGACUUUUCUAGAGCUGCAACGAUUUGUCGACUAAUGGAUUAGUUGACCGACAGAAAAAUAAAUGCUACUUUUUUAGUAUUUGAUUAAUCGCUGUGGUAUUUUUUCAUGCAUAAUUGCAGAAAAUGCUGCUCUCAAUUAUGAAGAUUUCCUACAUUUCUCUGUCAUUUUUCCAUAUAUUAAGCUGAAUAUCUUUGGGUUGUGGACUGACGAAACAAGGUAUUUAAACACAUCACCAUGGAUGUUAAUGAUCUGAGAUUUUUCACCAUUUUUGACACUUUAUAGACCAAUCAAUCCACCAAAUUCCAUUAAGUGAAUAGAAAAUUAUCUGAUAAAGAAAAUAAGUUGCAGCCUCGGACUGCUAACAUGCCUCCAUGAAGUUGCAUUCCCAUACAAUCCAAUAUAAAACCCUCAAGUGCUCAGAAAAGAAGGAUAACUUAUUUACUCUCAACAGCUCCUCGGCUCUAGUCGUGUAAAUAAAGAGUACUAUUUGUAAGAGCUGCACUUCUGCACUAUCUUCUGUGAAAGAUGUAAUCUAUCUUUCUUACCGUCAGAGACACUGUGAGUCAUUUGCACUUGUUUUAUUUCAAUAUUAACUGUUUGGUUUUUUUUACAUUGUGAAGGAAAAUGCUUACUUUAUCUUUUGCUGCAGCUGUCAAUUUUAACGUAUUUAAUUCAUAUCAUGUGAGAGUUUGACCAAAUGUUUUUGAGUUAUUCUAACAAAAAAAAACACUAUAUUCAGAUUUAUUUUGUUGUUGUUUAAUGUGAAUUAUGUUAACUUAUUUGAAUUAAAUUUUGUCAACCGUAACUGAA